AAGACCUCCAAUCAGCCAAGAGAACCUAAGAGUGAGACAGAGAAGGAGAGAGAGAGAAAAAAGGGAAGCCACAACCUCCAGUUUGGCUGUCUGUCUGAAGAAGGAAAAGAAUUGCAACAGUUUGUAUUUGUAGGGUCAUGUUGCCCCUUUGUGAGAGAGCACGGAGUAUAAGUGGGAGUCCAGAAGGGCCGUACCGGGCGAUAGAAAGUGUGGAUGCUCUUGUAGCGCAGGGAUUUGAGGGCGAUGACACGCUGGAUAAGCUUUUUCUGCAUGCGGUAAAGAGAUUCAGUCAUGCGCCCUGUCUGGGAACCAGAGAGGUUCUUAGUGAAGAAGAAGAAACACAGCCUAAUGGGAAGAUCUUUAAGAAGCUUGUCCUUGGCAACUACAGCUGGUUAACUUAUGAAGACAUCAACCAGGCAGUGGAAAAGUUUGGCAGUGGUCUGGCAGCUUUGGGUCAAAGGCCACGUAAAACUAUCGCCAUCUUUUGUGAGACACGAGCAGAAUGGAUGAUCACAGCGCAGGCCUGCUUCAGACGCAACUACCCCUUGGUAACGCUAUAUGCUUCUCUGGGAGAGGAUGCUGUAGCGUACGGACUGAAUCAAUGUGGAGCCACUCACUUGAUCACAAGCACAGAGCUGCUACAGACCAAACUGAAGGGUACUUUGAGUGCAGUGUCUAGGUUGCAGCAUAUUAUCUAUGCAGGCAGUGGGGAAAUAUGUCAUGCAGAUUACCCACAGUCUCUCACCAUCCACAGCGUGCAGGAAGUAAUGGACCUUGGGGCAAAGCCAGAAAACUUAAGUGAAGACUAUGAGAGGGCCGCUGCAUCUGAUCUCGCAGUGGUGAUGUACACCAGUGGGUCUACGGGACGGCCAAAAGGAGUGAAGAUGCUGCACAGUAAUCUGAUCGCAGGACUGGCGGGACAGUGCCAGCGGAUACCGGGACUGGGUCCACAGGACACAUAUAUUGCUUAUCUCCCAGUGGCUCAUGUGUUGGAGCUGACUGCAGAAAUGGCUUGUGUGUCAUCCGGCUGCAGGGUCGGAUAUUCCUCCCCAAACACACUCACAGACCAGUCCACUAAAAUAAAGAAGGGUGGAGUGGGAGAUUGCUCUGUACUUAAACCAACCCUGAUCGCUGCAGUACCAGAAAUCAUGGAUCGCAUCCAUAAGAGUGUAAAUGGUAAACUGUCAGAAAUGUCAGUGGUUCAGAGGACACUGUUUAAACUGGGAUUCAACUAUAAAAUGCAGCAGGUGGUGCGAGGAGCUGAUUCUCCGAUGUGUAACAUGUUGUUGUUCAAGCGUGUGAGUUCAUUGCUGGGAGGUUGUGUGCGUCUUAUGUUAAGUGGUGGUGCUCCACUAUCUGCCUCCACUCAGAGAUUCAUGAACGUGUGUUUUUGUCCUGUCGCCGUGGGUUACGGCCUUACGGAAACAUGUGGAGCAGGAACUAUCUCAGCAUUUUCUGAUUACAGUACAGGACGAGUUGGCGCUCCUCUCGCUUGCUCUGAAAUCAGGCUACGAGACUGGCCUGAGGGUGGAUACGCCAGUCAGGAUGAGCCGCACCCACGAGGGGAGAUUUUGAUUGGUGGGCCGAAUGUUGCCGUGGGAUACUAUGGGAAUGAGGGGGAGGGAGAGAACGACAACUUUUGGGUAGAUGAGGCAGGCCAGCGCUGGUUUUGUACUGGAGAUGUUGGGGAAAUUCAUCCAGACGGUUGCCUGCAGAUUGUCGAUCGCAAAAAGGACCUGGUGAAGCUGCAGGCGGGUGAAUAUGUGUCUUUGGGGAAGGUUGAAGCCACCAUAAAGAACAGCCCCCUGAUUGAUAACAUCUGCGUCUAUGCCAGCAGUGAUCAGAACUACGUGAUCAGCUUCGUGGUGCCCAAUCAGAAGCAACUGACUGAGCUGGCCAAAAAGAAUGGGAUUGAAGGCGAGUGGGCGGAGCUUUGUAACCACAAGAUGAUGGAAGAGGAAGUGCUCAAAGUCAUCAAACAAAUUGCAGUUACAAAUAAACUGGAGAGGUUUGAGGUUCCGCAGAAGAUCCGUUUAAGUUCAGAGGUUUGGACUCCAGAAACAGGUCUGGUGACGGAUGCCUUCAAACUAAAGAGAAAAGAUUUGAAGCAACAUUAUAUAAAUGACAUUGAGAGGUUAUAUGGGGCUAAAUAAUACACAUGCAACACAUAUGUGCUGAAUUUCAAUUGGCAUGGUAUUUUUUUCCAGAAUAGAACGUACCACAUCAUGGCAUGUUACCCAUCACCCCUUGUGGUGCUUAGGGAUAUGCUGAGGUAUCAUGUUGUCUCAAGACACAAUUUGUAUGCGUUACCGUCCUAAUGCAUAGGUACUUUCCAGAUAAAGUGUGUCUAUUGGAAUUCAGACUUAUAAACAGAUCUAAUACCUGCUGAUCUCAGUAGAAACACCAUUCUGCCCCCUGAUGGAUGUAUAUGGUCAUUACUUCCUCUGUGUGUACGUAUUAGACAAUUUGAGGAACUUUCCACAUAGAAAGCUUUGUAUAAUGAAAUUUAAGUAUGUGCUGUUUUUAUUUUUUGUAACAGUGCCUCAAUGCAAAUGUUUUGAGUGUUUUAUGAAUUGUGCAACCAUUACUUGAAACUUGUUUUUGAAAUCUAUUUGGUAUGUCACUAUGUCGAUUGUUGUUGAUGUGAUUUGCACAGAUACUGUAUCCUAUUUCUCGUGGUAACUCGCACUAUGCACCAUCGCUCAAAAAUGCAGAAAUAUAACUGGGAAGUGUGUAAACUGCAGAACAUAAUCUGGGAUUUUAUAUUUACAUAAAUACGAUUAUUAAAGUGUCAUUCUAAAAAUUGGAUUGUGUAUACUAUUGCCAUGAAAGGGAGGAAGGCUUUUAUGUUGUCUUCAUGCAUUUCAUCUUUAGAUCAUGUGCACAUGCACGGGUGAGAUUAAUAAGUGACCUCAUAUCACCACGUGUUUGAUAUCAAAUUGAAAAGUCGUAUUUUUGCUACAAUAUUUACCUUUUGGCUGGACAAAAAUAGAUGUUACUACACAAAAUAUAACAUACAGUAUCUAUCAGGAAUACUUGACCCUGGUGGGCACUUUUUCAUGAGUUCAAUGGUCCAUUAUCAUCAACUUGAUGAGAAAACAAGCAUAAACUCUCCCGGCCAUGUGUACUGUAUGUACAGCACGAACAAUAGAAUUUGAAUAGAGAAGUCAAAUUGAAUUUAUUUCAGCAUUGAUUAUUUCUUGUUUUUUAAAUUUUGUACACUUUUGUUAUGCUUCCUGUGUUAAUAAAAAAUCAUUUUAAUUCCAA